AUGGGUAACGAGAGCAGCUUGCCGAUGGAAAUGUGCAGUAAUUUUGAUGCCUACGAGAUCCGUCGAUUAGCCCGUCGCUUCAAAAAGUUGGACAUCGACGGGUCAGGCUCGUUGUCCGUCGAAGAGUUCAUGUCAUUGCCCGAACUACAACAGAAUCCGCUUGUACAGCGUGUCAUUGACAUAUUUGAUGAGGACGGAAACGGGGAAGUCGAUUUUCGAGAAUUCAUACAAGGAAUCUCGCAAUUCAGCGUCAAGGGCGACAAGUCGACAAAGCUGAAAUUUGCUUUCCGCAUCUAUGACAUGGAUCGAGAUGGUUUCAUUUCGAAUGGAGAGCUUUUCCAAGUGCUGAAAAUGAUGGUUGGGAAUAAUUUGAAGGACACCCAGCUACAGCAAAUCGUCGACAAGACGAUUCUUUUCCACGAUAAAGACGGCGAUGGGAAGAUCUCGUUUCAAGAGUUCUGCGACGUAGUCGAGCACACCGAAGUGCACAAGAAGAUGGUUUUGGAGAAUAUU